AUGCCCCCUUUCUUUUGUUUCUUCUUCUUCUCCUUCUUUUUCUUCUUCUUCUUCUUCUUCUUCUUCUUCUUCUUCUUCUUCUUCUUCUCUCUCUCUCAUCUUCUGAAUUUUAAGCGACAAUUUAUCAAUCGCAUCAUCUAUCUAUCUAUCUAUCUAUCUAUCUGUCUAUCUAUCUAUCUAUCUAUCUAUCUAUCUAUCUAUCUAUCUAAAUAUACUUUUCUUCUUCUAUACAACUUUACAUUUUUUUUCAUUUGUUAUUUCUUCACUUCUUUAUUUUAUUCUGUUUUAUGUUUAAUUUUUCUUCAUUUUCUUUCUUCAUAUUUUCUGCUUCCAUAUUCUAUGAUUUUCCUUAUUUUUUUUUUCCUUAAUAUCUUUCUUUUAGGUUUCUCUUUUUCUAUCACUUUUUCCAUGCGCAUAUCUUCUCUUUCCGUCACUUACAUUUCAUUUACCUCUCUAUCUCUCUAG